CGACUAGACUAGAAUCUAGUCUGAUGGGAGUGUUUCAUUUAGUUUCUCUUUAGUGUUGUGGUGGUUUGAAGUGCAGCCAGGUUCAUUUCUGUCUUUUACAGGUACCCAAAAGAGAUGGAUGGUAAGUCAUCCAUAGAUUUAGAGCAGGAUUCGGACAGCUCUUCAGGAUCUGACUGGAUGAGUGAAAUGGAAAAAAGUAAAGGAAGACAAGGAGGAAAAAGAAAGAUUAGGGAACAAGAUGACAAGGAGAAGGAAACGUAUUCCAACAAGAAGAUAAGCGCUAGAAGUAAAAGCAAUACUGGCCUAAUCAAAGUCUUUCAGGAGGCCAGAAAUAAGAUAAAACUAACUGUCCGUUGCGGAAAAAUGACUGGUCUUAUAUACAAAAAAAAGUAUGAGAAUGGAGAGAAGUGUGUUUUAUGUAAAGGGCAUUGGUUUACACCCAGACAGUUUGAGAAGUUUGGAGGAAAAGGAAAUAACAAGAAGUGGAAGAGCAGCAUCUAUUACAAGUCAUCAAACGGCCUUCAACAAGUGCAGUUAGAGAAACUCAUACAGAAUAGGUGUCUGCCACAGUAUGGAUAUCUGAGGAAGUCAUCUAGACAGACAGAUGUGUGUGGUGCAUACUCAUCACCUCAGCAAAGUGUGACACGAAGGAAGACACUCAACCACACAAAAUAUUUCACUGGCAGUAAGGAAAGUAAUCGCAGAAAUAAUAAUGAAAUGCCCGCGUGUGGAAAUGAAGAGGACACAGUGAGGAAGAGAACAAUUCAGCUGGACAGUUCUUCAGAUGAGUCCAUAUCUGUUGCUGAAAGAGUCAAACUGAACAGGAGGGAACCUGUGAAUUCAAUUGAAACUGUUGGUAAAAAAAUCACAGAACAUAUAGGAUCUACUUCAAAUAAUAGAGAUUCACCUGCACCUCCCACUGAAGCUCCAGGACCUGCUGUAUCUUCUGUUGUAGAGGAGCCUGAUCAGACCACAGAUGAAGAAGCAGCUCCUCAGAUGAACUUCAGUGGUUCUCCUGUUGAUGCUCCAGAACCUGCUGUAUCUUCUGAUGUAGAGGAGCCUGAUCAGACCACGGAUGAAGAAGCAGCUCCUCAGAUGAACUUCAGUGGUUCUCCUGCUGAAUGGCAGAAACCUGUCACUUCUGAAGGAACUGAGAAGACAGACCAGACGCAGCUGUUUGAAUUUCUGGCAAACCAGUUUAAUACCAUUAACAACACCCUGAAAUCAAUUGAUUUGUCUUUGAAGAAGCUGGUGGAGAAGGAAUCACAAAACACACUGCCUCAAUACAUCAGUCUAACUCCUGCUGUCAUUGAAAACCUCCAGAUUCAGUCCUCAGUCAAGGAGGAGCAAAUCACACAAGUUUUAAAUCAAUGAAGUAGACUUUGACACUGAACAGAGUUAGUACUGAGGAAGCAGGACUGUGAUCUGAGAGGUUAUGGUUUUAAAGACAGCUUCAAAAACUUGUGGUCUAAUUUGAACUUGAACUAGUGGUCUAAUGGUUUUUAAAAAUACAUGUAAGGUAUAUCCAUAGAUAUGUGAUCCCCCAUUUCUUAUAAAAGGCCAAUUCAGAAAUGGAUUUUAAAAAGCAAUCCCAUAUUAAAUUCUGAAUGUUAUGCACCUGU